AUGACAGUACUUAAAACUAAGGAAUACGAUUGGAAUAUGGCUAAAGAAGUUGAUCCAUUUGCUAAUAUAACGAUUAAAGGAGGAUUUUCACUUGAUAAGAAAUUUGAAAUUGAUUUCAAUCAAUCGGAAGAAUAUAUUAAGCAGAAACUUGAUUUAGAUGGUUGUAAAUUAUGUAGAUCUGGUAUAGUUAAUAUCUCUAAUUCAACACAAAAGGAUUUAGUUGUAAUGUGUGCGUUUAGAAGGAUGGAUGAUGCAUAUCCUAAUAUCAGAAGCAUCAGAUCUGCAGGAUGUAAAGCUACUAUUGUAAUAUUUACUGAUAAAUUGCCGAAACAUGAAAAACUAUUUCAAAAAUGCGGAGUUUUAAUCAGUGUUAUUCCAGGAACAGAGAAUCUUCCUAAGACGGAAAUGAUGUAUUUCAGAUUUAUAGCUAUGAAAAUCUUCUUAGAGCAUCAUAAAGAUGAUUUUGACCGAGUUUUAUACGUUGAUAUCUUCGAUUCAUACUACCAAGCAGAUCCAUUUACAGGAACGGUAUCUAAUAAUACUAUAUAUGUCAGUAGUGAGAAAACUUAUCACAGAGAAUCAGGCUGGAGUCUUGAUUGGGCAAGAAAUCUGAAAGGUAUUGAUUUUUAUAGAUUUUUCGGAGAUAAAUUGAUAUUCUGUGGUGGUACUUUCCUAGCUGAUACGUAUACAAUGCUAAAAGUAGCAACUCUUGUCUCAUCAAUGGUGAAAAAGAACUAUGAAACGUUCUUGGUCGACCAAAUUGCAUACGACUGGGUUCUUGCUUCUGAUAUACCUGAGAGAUUAGGAAUUAAUGUACUCGUUAACCCACAUUUCGCAUCAAUUCACUUCAAGAUUGAUGAUUAUCAUGAUAAUGCUAUUGGAAAUAUAUCAUAUGAAGGUGAUGGUUUCAAGCCAGCUAUUUUGCAUCAGGUUACAAGAAGAGAUUCACUUGUUAAAAUCUUUUUCGAUGCUUGCAAGGCAGAAUGGAAUGAUAGAAUGAAAUAA